AACGAGCGCACCCAAACUAGGCAAAGCCACCCUUAGCCAGAGCUACCAUAACGGAGCCGAGCGAGAGAGAGGACAACAACGUAUUUCCACCGAAUUAAUAUCCAAACCCACAAGAAAACCAUUGGAUCAGGGUCCAUGAUGGGAAGGUUGUGUGAGGUCGCUCUUCUGUCCCUUGUUGUUGUGUUUCUUCUAAACACUGAAUCAACAUGGGCUAAAAGGGGAAGCAGCAGCAGUGGAAGAAAAACGUCAUCCACAAAAACACAAUCUAAGCCACCAUCUCAGCCAGCAAAUUACCCUCGGCAGCCCCAGAAUCCAAAUAGAAACAGCAACCCAUAUCCUGCUGGCGGAAGUUAUCCAGGAGCGGGCAAACCUAAUCCAGGAGGAGUUCCCAGGCAAAACCCCCCGAAUUAUCCAGGAGUCGGUAGUAACCCAAACCAGCAGCCUGGUAGAGCCAAUCCUGGUGGUUAUCCAAACCAGAACCCUGCAGGUGGAUAUCCAGCUGGAGGUAAUUAUCCAGGCAACCAAAACCCAGCAAGAGGUUAUCCAAAUCAGAAUCCAGCUGCAGGAGGCUACCCAGCAGCAGGAGGCCAAUAUCCAGGCAGAGCUGGCAACCCUGCAGGAGGAUAUCCUAACCAGCAGUAUCCAGCUGCAGGAGGCUACCCAGUCCGAGGAGGAAAUACAGGACAGGGUUAUGGUCAGCCUCCUCCAUAUCCAGGUGGUGGUUAUGGAGGUGGUGGGUAUGGAGGCGGUGGUUAUGGAGGCGGUUACCCAGGUGGAGCAGUCGGCGGUUACACCAACUGGAACCCAAAUAAUAAGAUCCUCAGUCCCCGCUACGGUGGAGGAGGAGGAUACGGUGGAGGAUAUGGUGGUGGAGGAUACGGUGGUGGGAUGGGAGGUGGGAUGGGAGGCUCUCCUUUCUCCCGCUCUGUGAGUAAUAUGGGUUACCAGCCCCAAUCUUCAGGUUUUGCCAAAAAAGCCAUGAUGGCGGCAGGCGUUGGUGCUGUGGCUGGAAUGGCCGUUGGAUAUGGAUUAGGGCGUUUCCCACGACCCCACUUCAAUUUCCGCAACCCUCAAGAAGAGCAACAGUACAACAACUACAUGUACCAAAAGUAUGGCACAAAAUCCACCGAUGAAAAAGAUUACGGCCGUGAUUAUGAGUACAAGCUUCCUCCACGCGCCGAGUCUUACGACAAGUUCAUGGAGAGCUGCAUGAAUAAGACUGAUCUUCUUAAAGACCAGGCAGGCGACCAGGAUGAUGGUGACACCGUCGGCAUUGAGGAGAUUGGAUACCCAGCCCUAGUUGACCAGAUGAAGUCCAGGCGAUGUGUUGAGAAGUACAUGGUGUACUCUGAGAGCUACCUGCAGGAACGAAAAAGAGCAGACCAGAGAAUGGCAGAAAAUAACAGCAGCCCUCCGAGCUUCGGGAUGUUUCAACUUUUCACAUCCCUCCUGAUGCUUCUUUCCAGCAUGCUCGUUCUCCAGUGAGAACCAUUAGUGUUCCUGUUUCCAUACCCCAAAUGAAUUUCUACAUCCUCCAUUAAAUCUGCACGUCAACAUACUACUUAUGAAUAUCUUCUGGUCACAUUUAGUCAAUCCUCUAUUAUCCUCUAUAUGUGUAUAUAACCAAGUCAGUUAUAAGAAGCAGCUAUCAGUUUAAACUUCUACAGUUCGAUCAUUAGUUGUGUGUUGUACAAGCUGCACAUUUUUUCUUGUCAAUUCUCUCAUGAAAUAGUCUUGCAUCUCUUUUUAUUUUGCACUUUUUUACUCCACAUUAUUGCACAGAUCAGUUUUUGUGACGAUGUAUUGUGACAUCUUUUUAAAUGCUACUGUAUAAGAUAGGAAUAUGACACUAAGGGUUUAAAUUAGGUACACAAACAUGCAACUAACAUCAUUCCACCAUUAAUACUUUUUUAUUAUCAUACUGGGCAAUUGGACAGACUGAUAUUUCAAUUGGUUAAAAUGCUUAAUCAAAGGAAAAUGUGUUUUCAUGAAAUAUAAAUGAAUGUUUAAGCCAGGGUUAACUAACUUUUACAAGCUGUGUUUUCAAAGUAGUUUUCUGAUUGUCAUUGCAAUGUGCUGGGGAGGUGAUCACUUCCAAAUAAUGUAAGUUUGGUAAUGGGAACAAACAGAGAGAUAAAUUAUUCAGCUUAUUAUUUUUUUUUUAAAGCCCAAAAGAAGAUAUGUUAUACCAGAAAGGAGAAAUAAAUGUCUGGUAAUGGCCAGUGAGAUGCAUUUAAAUGUCAUAAAAUAAGGAAUGGGACAUUUUGAUUGGCCCUAAUUGUGUUUGCAAAUGAAAUCAAGCUUCCCUUAUGAACACGAAAUUCUGUUAACCAUAAUGGAAAAUGUUGAAGUGCAUUUCCGUUUAGAUAGAUGGCUUACCAUUACACACUCACAUGUGGGCAGUCAGCGCAAGACUGAAGAUGUCCCAAAAGCAAAGCCCCACCCUUCUCAGGAACAUAAAACCUACAAAUUGCUUCUGUGUCGCCUGUAAAUUCAUGUUCUGCAUGUUUUAGCCCUAGGCAGUCAGUGAGCAUGAAUCUUUCGAUGUGCAGCGAUUAGCGGUGAAGUGAUGUGGCUUUCUGUCUGCAGCUGAUGAGAUCAAUUUGUUGAUCAUUGCGUCUGAUGCUUUAAAACUGUGCCGUGCUACAUGCUGGGAUUUGAGGUUUUGAAAAGAUAAUGUCUACAACAAUUCAAUACGUUCAUCAUAAAUUCUGCCAUCAAAGAAAUAAGCUUUAUAUAUGUAACCCUGCUCAUUAUACACAGUCUAUUCACGUUGUUUGAAUUUGGGAUGUCCAUGUUUCCAGGCUAUCCAUCUUCCCGCAUUAUAACAGUCACAUUUUGGGUGUUGGCAGGUCUGUAAAUACCUCUGUUGAAUUUUCACAAAUUCAAGCUUCCCCUGGCUUUUUAUGAUCUUUGACUCUUCAGGAAUUAAACUUCUGCUCUGAUUUUGCUCCCACUGUAAGUUUGUGUAUUAGUAAUUUCUCUUACUGUCCCAGUUUGUUUUAUUACAUCUGACAGUUUUAAAUAUGUCUGGUUUCUUGGUUUUAUAAUGCACUUUGUGAUUAUGUUUCAAAAGAUUGUACUGUAAAUGAAGUUUGCAGGAUUAGGAAGGGAGUUUUCAACCAAGUAAAUGUUCAGUUUAUGGACAAAACUGUCCCUGUACAGUUCAGAGUAUUGACAGUACUGUGUUCUGUCUGUUAUUGGUAUGUUAAUCACGCUAUGUUUAGUGUGUAGUAACCAAGAACAUGAAUUGAAUACUGUCCAAAUGUUGACAGUUUAUCUGGAAGUGAUAUGCACUGUUGUAUUGUGAUUUAUUUGUAUUGUUUUGAUCUCAGUUAGUUUGUUAUCAUACUGCUUUUUUUCCUUUUCUUGAUUCUAGCAAUGUUGAUUAUAAAUUAAUUUAACAUUUUCAUACUGUCUAGACUGUAGAAUAUCUGUAAAGUGCACUUAUUUCACUUAGGUUUAGAUAUUCUGUAACUGUGUCACGGAGCUCAUACAGGGAGUGCAGAGAUCUAAAUCUCCCAGUUUUGACUUGCAGUUGUUAACGCUUUGGAUUACUAAUAUGAUUUAAUAUUGUUUGUCAUGGAUGUUUAUGUGUUAAAUAAAAUAAGUAACAAACUAA